UGAUCGCGCAUCAUCAUCAUGUUGUCUUCUUUCACGGGUAUUCAGCGCUUUUCCAGAUGCAUAAACCGUCGUUUCUUAGCUUCAUUUGCCUAUACGAAACCUUCGUUGGCAAAUGAUCCUGCAACUCACUCAACUCCGCUCGAUAUCACAGAUGAACAGCGGGCAGCAUUGGACUCGGCUCUUCGUGUUGAUCAAGCAGGAGAGGUUGCCGCUAACUGGAUUUAUUAUGGCCAGCAUUUCAUCCUCGGAAAACAGCCUGUUACAGGACCUUUGAUUCAGGAAAUGUGGGAACAAGAGAAGAAACAUCUCGCAGUUAUGGACAAGAUGCAGCUUCAACACCGCGUCCGUCCGACUAUUCUCAUGGACUUCGCAAAGAUUGGUGGCUUUGGACUAGGUGCUGCGACCGCUCUUAUGGGCAAAGAGGCUGCAAUGGCUUGUACGGAAGCUGUCGAGACCGUUAUUGGAGAGCACUACGAUGACCAACUAAAAGAAAUGGAGUCAUUGCCAUCCGCUCAUCCAAGCGUUCCGUUGUUAAAGGAAGUGGUGAAGGAAUUCAGAGACGACGAAUUGGAGCAUUUGGAUAUUGCAGUGGUUAACCAUGCACAGAGAGCUCCGGGACACGCGCUACUUAGUACUGUCAUUGGUGCAGGAUGUAAAGUAGCGAUAGAGUUGUGCAAAAGAUUCUAAUGUACACAACCGCAGUAACUUGAUUCAUUCCGGUUUGCCUGCUAAAGGUUGACCUUUGAGCUUCGCGUUCCAAGACCA